UUGGCAGAAUGGGACUACUUAAACGCACACCUUUGUUCACAGUUUUGGCGAAUUUCCUGUCAUUUGCCAACACUAAACAGCUAGCUUGGGCAGGCAGGAAUGGCUGGAGGCACAGAUCUAACAGUCCCUUGUGUUGCGUCCAAAACUUCCUUGGAUAGAAGCCAAGAACAGGACAAGGGGAAUCACAACAGGCCUGCCAUUGAUGUGCUCAUGUCUCCCAGAGUGCCAAAGGCAGUGUCACCAGUUUCUUCUGUGGCUGAGGGGGAGACCCUUAGGCGGCCUCGCGGGAGGCCGGCUGGUUCUAAGAACAAGCCAAAGCCGCCAAUUAUUGUCACCAGAGACAGUGCUAAUGCACUCCGUGCGCAUGCUAUGGAAGUGAGCUCUGGCUGCGAUGUGAGUGAAAGUUUAGCUAAUUUUGCAAGGAGGAAGCAACGCGGCAUUUGCAUACUUAGCGGGAGUGGAUGUGUAACGAAUGUCACGCUGCGACAACCGGCUUCCUCUGGGGCAAUUGUGACCCUUCACGGUCGGUUUGAGAUUCUUUCCUUGCUUGGAUCAAUCUUGCCUCCACCUGCCCCACCUGGCAUCACUGGCCUGACAAUCUACCUAGCCGGUGCUCAGGGGCAGGUUGUGGGUGGGGGUGUGGUAGGUGCACUCAUUGCUUCUGGGCCUGUUGUGAUCAUGGCUGCAUCAUUCAUGAAUGCCACUUUUGACCGCCUGCCAUUGGAUGAUGAUGAAAUUGCUGCUGCUAUGCAGAAUCAACACUACCAAAACGGCCGCACUCAUCACCUUGAUAUUUCAGAUCUAUAUGGGAUGCCACCGAACUUGCUCACCAAUGGUUCUAUGCCCCCUGAGAUAUACUCUUGGGCACCAGGGCGAACUAUGUCAAAAACCUAGCCUCGCUAUUCUGUCAUAUACAUUUAUAUGAAUGCUCUCAAAGUGUUUUUCA